AUGGCUUCAUUGGAUGAUAUCUUGGCUGCGAUAAAUAAGCAAAGCAAAGAUAUGCGAGAUAUUAAAGACGAGUUAGGCGGAAAGAUGGAUAGCAUGACAUCUCGUGUGGAUCCACAAGGUCGAGAGACACCUGACCUACGGAGUCAAGUAGAUCAUGUUCGAGAGGACAUAGAUGAUGUUGUGGAUGCUCGGAUGAAGGCUUAUGCGGAGGCCUUGUUAAGGAAGGUUGCUACUCUUGAAGAAAAAGGAAGUCAUAGUGAUGCUAGACGUGAAGAAAUCCACCUUGGCAAGCAACCUAUGGGCUCAACAAAUGUUUUCCUAAAUCGAUCUAUCCAAGUUGAUGAUUUUAGCGAAAGGCGUCCUACUAGUCCAAGGCCUACAUCUAUCCAAGGUCGACGAGGAAGACAGGAUGCUACCAAAGAGUUACUUGAUGAGUUUGACUUCGAAGAAGAUAUCCAUAACCGAAGAAGCCGAGUUCGAGUUAAUGAGGUUGAUGAUAACAUGCAGUCCAUCAAGUUCUCCAUACCACCUUUCGUAGGAUCGGCUGAACCUAAUGAGUUUCUUGAGUGGAAAAGCAAAGUGGAGAUGAUGUUUGCAUGUCAUAAUUACUCGGAGCGCAAGAAAAUUCAGCUUGCUGUUGUGGAGUUUAAGAAGUAUGCCCUUGUUUGGUGGGAGAAGGUACAAGUCGAUAUUGCAAGGUCGGGAAUGCCUCCGGAUGAGACAUGGGCAGCCCUUACUCGAGUUAUGCAUGCACGUUUUGUGCCCCCGCAUUAUCAGAUGGAUCUUCAGAAAAUUCAGUUUUUAGUCCAAGGUAGCAAGACGGUUGAACAGUACUACAAGGAAAUGGAGAUGCUUAUGAUGCGGGCUCAGCUUAUGGAAGAUGAUGGAGUCACCAUGUAUCGGUUUCUCAAAGGGUUGAGGCGUGAUAUUAUGAUUCAAGUGGAUAUGUAUCCAUACAAUUCUACUUUGGAACUUGUCCAACUUGCUACCAAGAUUGAAUCGCAUGGAAAGUUAGGAGUAAGUGUAAGCUUUGGAAAGACGUCACCAAAUUUCAACAAGUUUGGGGGUAAUAUGGGACAAACAAAAUGUUGGCCCAAAGGAGAUGAUAAGCACAUGACCAAGAAUAAGCCGCUUAAGGUGGUUAAGCGUGAUGAACCAAGGAAAGUCAGCAAGGAUGGUUCACCAAACAAAGCAAAGCAUGUCACAUGCUUUAAGUGUCAAAGGAAAGGUCAUUAUGCCAAUACAUGCCCAAAUUUGCGAACUUUUGUGCUUUGUGACAAUGGGGACUAUGUAUUUUUGUCGGAUGAUGAGGGUGAAGAUAGGGAACAUGGGGUUGAGGCGAGUGAGGAUGAAGCAAUCCAAGUGAUGGAAGAGCACGUUGAAGAGGAUUCAUCCGGGGAGUCUCUAGUGGUUUUGCGAAUGCUUGGUGCUGUUCCCAAGGAGUCGGAAAAAUUUGUUGAUCGGGUUAAGGAGCAACGGGGGAAUUUGUUCCAUUGUCGGUGCAAGAUUGGUGGGAAGCGAGCAUCGAUAAUCAUUGAUAACGGAAGUUGCACCAAUGUCUUAAGUUGGUAUGUGGUAGACAAGCUUGGACUCCAAACUAUCAAGCAUCCGACUCCAUACCAUCUUCAAUGGAUGAACUCUAGUGGAGAUAUGAAGAUCACUACGCAAGCCAAAGUUCCAAUUUCAAUCGGCCCCUACAAAGAGGAUGUCCUUUGUGAUGUUACUCCGAUGACCGCAUGCCAUGUGCUUCUUGGCCGACCAUGGCAAUCCGAUAAAGAAUUAUCUAUGAUGGCAAGACUAACAAAGAGGUUCAAAAAGAUCAAGAAAGUUUGCGAAAGAAGAUGCAAGAGGCUGAAAGCCUUUAAAGAGCUAAAGGAAAAGAAGUAUCCACAGAGGAAAGGAGAGACUCUACUGCUAAGGGUUCCAACAUCCUUCUUUCAUUUACCGAUUUUCAGAGAGAAGAUGCUUGAAGAGAUGAAGGAUGUAUACCCGGAGGAACUACCGCAAGGACUACCGCCCAUUCGUGGGAUAGAGCAUCAAAUUGACUUCCUACCCGGUGCUUCAAUCACAAAUUGUCCUGCGUAUCGGUGCAACCCAGAUGAGAAUAAGGAGAUUCAAAAACAAGUCCAAGAACUUCUUGAGAAGGGAUGGGUUCGGGAGAGCUUAUCACCAUGUGCUGUUCGUGUUAGCAUUGUCCCCAAGAAGGAUGGGACUUGGAGGAUGUGUGUGGAUUGUAGAGCGGUGAAUGCGAUUACAAUCAAGUAUCGACACCCAAUCCCACACCUUGAUGACUUGCUUGAUGAAAUCAAUGGAGCGAGAAUGUUCUCCAAGAUUGACCUUCGGAGUGGAUACCGCCAGAUUCGUAUACAACCCGACGAUGAGUGGAAAACGGCAUUUAAAACAAAGCUAGGUUUGUACGAAUGGUUGGUAAUGCCAUUCGGUCUAACUAAUGCUCCUAGUACCUUCAUUCUUUUAAUGAAUCAUGUUCUACGUGCUUUCAUUGUAAAAGUAAAGAGGAACAUGUUGAGCAUGUGCGACUCGUCUUUCAACGGUUAA